CAGGUGAACAAAGUAAUGUCUGUCCUGUUUUACGGCAUGCUUCUCACCUGUCUCGGUGGCAUCCAGGCUACUGCCAUGGACAAGGAAAGUUUCUCCGAGGACUCCGUGAGCUCCCUCAUCAUCAAGAUCCUCCAGGCGGACAUCCUGAAAGGCAGACUCUCCAAACAGAGCGAGGGGCUGAAGGACAAGGACCAGGACACCCGGGCAAAGAGUGACGCUCAGAGGAAUGCAGACCCUUUGGGAAAUACAAUAUCUGACUUCCAGCCGCUGGGCUCGGUCAGCGCUGAGCUGCUAAGACAGAAGAAACGCUACCACUCGCCCCGAGUGCUGCUCAGCGACCGCCCGCCCUUACAGCCCCCUCCACUCUAUUUAAUCGAGGAUUUCACCGGCGCCGCGGAGCUGGCCAACAGAACAGCCAGGAGAAAACGGUACGCCGACCACAGGGGCCACCGCGGCGAGUACUCGGUGUGUGAUAGCGAGAGCCGCUGGGUGACGGACAAAACGGCGGCGAUUGACAUUCGGGGCAGGCAGGUGACCGUGCUGGGGGAGAUUAAAACCGGCAACACUGCCAUCAAACAAUAUUUUUACGAGACGCGCUGCAAAGAAGCCAAACCGGGCAAGAACGGCUGCAGGGGCAUCGACGAGAAGCACUGGAAUUCCCAGUGCAAGACCAGUCAGACCUACGUCAGGGCACUGAGCAAAGAGAACAAUAAGUACGUGGGGUGGAGGUGGAUCAGAAUAGACACCUCCUGUCUCUGUGCAUUGUCCAGAAAACUGGCAAAUCGUGAAUCCUCCUCCCCCCACCCACCCUUUCCUCUUACUGUGUAAAUAUAUAAAUUAUUACUUUAAAUUAUAUGACUCUGCAUGCAGCAUAUGAAUGUUUAUAUAGUAUAGUUUCACAAUUUUUAUUUAUUAAACAAAACGUCAACACAUCCGACGCAGAAAGCUUCUCCAACUGGCCAAAUCAAGAUUUCUAAGUUGUGCCUUGCUUUUGGUAUCUGGCCCGAGCCUUGACCUGCCUCUAUCACUCCCUCCCUCCCAUUGUUUUUUUUUUGUUUUAUUGAAGUCCGUAUCGAUGAUCUGGAAAGGUCGGUGAUUAGAGGUAACUCCCAGCCACUGGACGGCCGCCGUUCAGUCAUGAAAGUGCAGGUACGCCAUGUAAAAACGCGGGCAUCUUGAGUGGCGUUUGCAACGAGACUGGGAGCAGGAAGCUGAGAUCAGAGAGAACGCUGGCGUGGCCAUCUGUGCGCAUCAAGCUGUUCCAUAUGCUUCACCCAGUCCCGGAGAGUUGUUCUGUCGGAGUAGUGCACCACCGUUGUAAUACUGGCAAAAAAGACUGCAGUGAUUUUGUUUCCCCUCCCUCUCUCUCUAUCCCCCCCAACCAAUUACCCCGCACCCCCCCCCCCCCCCCGAUUCCAACGUUUUCCUUCAUCAAUGUACCAUUGUUGUUUUAAGCCAAUUGGACCCUCCUUGCAACAAAUUCUCUUCCACUCUAAAUCCCGUGAAUCCAGGCCCUCAUUCGGAGAGAACUGGACUCCUUGUCAAUCUCCCGUCUCUUUCACUUGACACCGAGUUGCAGGUUAGCUCAGCCCUGUGAUUCCACUCUCCAGGAAAAUCAGCCUGUUGAGUGGAAACUGCUGUGUGGUGCUAUGUAUUUGAAUGCUUUAUGUUUUGUAUUUUGCAACAAGCUGCUCUCUAUGUGUGAGGAUUGUGGAAGAAAUGGAAGAUAAUCCCCGUAUGCCACAAUGCCAACCCGCAGAGACAAAAGGCUGAAUCUUUUCAGUGUUAUCGUUGGAAUAACAAAUGGGUUCCAAACUUGAAAUUCUGCCAGUCAACCCGUGUAACAUUAUCAUUGGUAUAGAAAAUUCCACUACAGCUGGAAGUUAUUUGUGGGAAAUGUUAUUAUGUUCAAAUUUCGCAAGUAGAAAAGUAAUUAUAAUAUAAGGUGAGGCAUAUGUAAUCCCUUCCCCCUUCAUGAAAUGGUGUUUGAAUAGAGUUAGAUAAUGAAAGCACUUGACUUUGACCAAAGGAGAACUGGGUCAAACUCAGCCACAAAUUCGGUGAAAACCCAGCAAUGAAAAAAAAUGAGUCUUGUCUUCCCAUAAAGGAGUAUCUCUCACUUUCCCAGCUCUGUUGGGUGUAACACAAAGAGCACAUCCAUAAGUCAUGUUAGUGUAGCUGAACAGGUUUCUUCUUUAGCUCACGUGGAAGCUUAUUCUCAAAGCAACAUGGAGAAGUCUAUGUAUGCUGUAUCACAAUUCACCAAAGUACUCAGUCUCUGGAUUUAAUACAAAUCUCUAAUCCAAAGAAACAUAGUUAUAAUCAUAUGCACGGUAGCGUACCGGUUAGCGCGACGCUAUUACAGCGCCAGCGAUCGGGGUUCGAUUCCCGUCGCUGUCUGUAAGGAGUUUGUACGUUCUCCCUGUGUCUGCGUGGGUUUCAUCCUGGUGCUCCGGUUUCCUCCCACAUUGCAAAGACGUACGGGUAGGUUAAUUUGGGUUUAAAAAGGACGGCGCGGACUCGUUGGGCCGGAAGGGCAUGUUACCACGCUGUAAAUAUUUUUUUUAAAAAAAUAAAAUUUUAAAAAAUUUUAAAAAUUUAAAACAACAUGAACCGUGAUGUGUACAGAGCUUCUUUGAUGGAUUUCUCAGGAUGGUGUUUGAUUAUUCCCGCUAGAUAGCUUCCACAUUUGCUCUUUAUUGAAUUAGCUGCUCUCAGUCAUGAUGGGGAAGGUGGGUGAGGUACCAUAGAAUGGACAGCAACUGAGGGAUGGUACCAAAACUAAAAACAAAUCAAAUCAUAGAGAUGACAAGUUUGAAAUCAUAUUUGUAGUCAAGCAUUUUAUAUAUUAAAUCUUCUAAAUCAGGAAUGAAAGGUUAUCAUUCUUGUUUCCUUCCUGUUUUCCCCCUAAUUACCACUAAGAUGCACAUGCUGGUAGGGAUUAGUUCUGAGUCUACGAAACCCAAACAAAAUCCUCAGUCUUCACUCAGCCAUUGGGUUCUCAUCUCCCUGCAAGAAACCCUUUCCAGACACUUAACACAUAAACUGGGCUGACAUUUGGUGUACAAAGAAGGGUGUUGCCUUUCACAUGAGGUAUUAAAGCCUAUAUUAGGAAGAUAGAAAAUAUUUAACAGAAGAAUAGAGGAGUUCUGCCAAUUUUCUUAACAAUAAGCAAUAUCAGUGGAAAAUAUAUUACUGGUCCUUCACCCUGUCUGUGGAACCUUGCCUUUGGUAAACUGGAUGCUGCAUUUCUCUACAAAGACCACAUUCUGGAAUCACCAUUGGAUGUAAUGUGGAUUGAGAUAUCUUGAACUGGUAAAGGGGUUAUGGGUGGCUUCUGGAACAUCUACCCUUAUAAAGGGGAAUAGAUAUUGCUAAUUGCAGUCUUCCAAUUUCUAACCACAAUGUUCAACAUUUGAAAAGACUUAAUCAUUCCUGAAAAAAUAAUUAAAAUAUUAUAUUUAUAACUAGAAAGGUAAUAAAUGAUUCUGUGAUACUUCAAGCUAGAAUGUUCUAAUUAGAGAACCCAACCUAGAUUGAACCCAAAACAUUACAAACUACAUCAAAGGAAUACUUCUAUCUUUUGCUCCCAGUAGAUUUUUCUAAAGGAGGACCAUCAUCUGCUUGUGCAGAUUUUAUGAUUACCAAAAUGUGUUAUUUGCCACUUUACAGUGUAGCAGCCAUUGACAUUUACAGUAAUGCCAACGUGUGAGUAAUUCUUAAUUUCUUCCAUCUGAUAGUAUCCCUGGUGAAAUGUAAUCAUUUUAAAGGAACAUUAAUCCCACCUGUCCCAUGUCCCUGAAAAUAAGAUGGCAGAAACAAAGUUACUCAGCCCAUUAACUUUAUUUUGCUGUAUUGCUCCACAUGUAAGAUUACAUGAUCAUUUAAGUCCCUCUUAUGUUUUUCUAAUAAGUCCAUAGCAGCACAGAAACAGACCCUUUGGCCCACUGAGUCCAUCAAGCACCCAUUUAUACUAAUUCUACACUAAUCAUGUUUUACUGUCCCCACAUUCCCAUCAACUCCCUCCCCAAUUCUAGCACCCACCUACACAACUAGGGGUAAUUUACAGCAGUUAAUUAGUCUACAAACCCAUACAUCCUUGGAAUGUGGGAGGAAACCAGAGCACUCAGAGGAAUCACCGAACAACAUGCAAAUUCCUUACUGAUAACACUGGAGUUCAGAAUCGAACCUGGGCCAUCAGAGCAGUGAGGUAAUUGUUCUGCCUGCUGUACUACUCUGCUGCCCUCUGCCAUUCCAUUUCCUGUUAAACUAGGAGCUUCCUGUUUCUUCUUUGAAUCCAUAAGACGGUUGUUGUAAAUUUCACUCUCCUUAAGCAUUGAAUUAAAUAAUUCUUUAAACAGAAGAAUGAGUAAAAACAUCUGUUAAAUGGGAAGUUCGUAAUAAAAUCUCUACUCAUGGUAGAACCCAACAGUAUUGAUCAUUUACGGCACUAUGAUAUGGUUCAAUAAAAUCAUCUUCUUGAUAUAUUAAGGUGCUUUACUGUAGACUUAGUAAAAAUAACAUUUCUUAGAGGCAGGUAUAGGCAUCACAGACUGACAAGAUGGUGAAGCAGUACAAUUUAGCAUCAAGGUGUAGUAAGUUAUGCAUUGAUGUUUAAGUAAUGUAGGUUCACCUUCUAAUCCCCACACUGACUGGCUUCUGCUUUCAUGUCAUUAAUUCUGAAGAGCCACUGAGCAGAAACAAAGCCUUCAACAGACCAAGCCCCUUAAAUCACUUCAAAGCUUUGUUUGCUGAUGAGGAAUCAUAUUAACCACAAUCUUUUUGGAAGAACAAGGAAUAACAGUCUGAAAAUAAAACAUUCACUAUUCCACAGAAAGGACUGGUUGUGGAGACAGUUCAGAGCCAACCAAUUCACAUGCCAUUUCGAUUUUUUUUAUUUUGGUGUUGCUAAUAAUCAAAAACAAGUGGGCCACUAGAGAGCAGUAUUUCCUUAGCUUUAAGCAAUGGAUAAUUUGAUAAAUUACUUAAUACCUUGAGGCACUAUUCUAUUUCUAUUACCUUCAAUGGUAAACCAACCAGCCAUCCAAAAGCAACUUUCAUUUUUGAAUAGAUGAUCAAGAUUUUUCAGAUUUUAUACCAAAGUAACUGGAACCAAUUUUCCAAAGCAUACUUUAAGUGAGGUCUAUCACCAUUGAAAUCUAGUGUGGCAAGAAUGAGAUCAGGAGAAGGGCCAUUAAAUAUCCAUGUAAUUUGAACAUUUUCUGAAGUAUUUGCUCACUAUGAACAUAGUUCCUUUUGUCAGUUAAAUUUAAACAACAGUAUGUGAAACUAUAACAAAUGUGAAACUACAUAAGUUUCAGAUGACAUGGUGAACAACAAGGGAAGCUGAGGACCUUAAGAAUGGAAUCUAAACUUUGUAAGAUUGAGUUAUCUUCAAACUCACUUUGGGAUACUGUUGUGUUUAACAAUAUAAUCCUCUACAUUUCGUUUCUCAUUAGAGAGCUUUUGAAAUUUGAAUUUAUUUGUCAUGGUGUACCAUUUACCUUUUUAUUAAUAAGUAUUUCAAGUUCAAUCACCAGUUUUUUCCAUAUGGAUUCAUAGUAUGCAUUAAAGACAUUGAAUUUUCACCAGAAGGCUUGGCCAAGAUUAUAAAUGAAUCUGAUAACCGAAAGAUAGUAUUUUACCAACACACUCUUUUUGUAGAUUAUAAUACUGUUAAUAAACCAUGCAGCCAUAAACAUUCAACAAAUGUACAACAUGGAAGAAACAUAUGGUUCAUACACUUGGAACAAAAUGAUUAUAAACUUUACCUCAAAACUGCAGGCAAUAUGUUGCAACGUCAAUCAUUUAAGAUCUCAAUUGAAUAUUAAUUUCAGUCUUGUAGAAGUCACUAUUGUGGAGACACAGUCAACAUCAGCAAACAAUCUUAUUACACACCUACACACUACAUUUAAGAUAAAAUGUUUGGAACCCUAAUCCAUUUUGAUUAAGCCCAUUUGUGUUGCAUUGUUGGCCUAAUAACUAUUGUAGAACUAACACAGGAUUAUUAAAGCAGUGAGUGCAUGUUUAUAAGUGAAUCUUAAUGGCCAUUUUGUAUAGUGUUUUUAUUGGAAGUAUUCAAAUGUUAGAAUGGAGCAUGUUUAAACUGGCUCCUUGCUGCCACUGGUGCAUAAUACCCAUGUUUUGAAGGAUCUGUGCAUUGUCUCCAAAUGUACGCAUUCAAUAAUGUACAGAAGACAAAACACUCUUUUGACAGAAAAUUCUCUUAACUUACUUCCUCUUUUUUCCAUAAAAACGUUAAUGAUUUAUAACCCUCUUGAUAAGUGAAUUAGUUAAAGGAUGUUACCUGCUGUGUGGAAAGAUUUAAUCUCUGGUAACCCAUCUGAAAAGACAGCCAAGUUGCUUAACUGCAAAACAAUUAAAAAAAAGGUAUGUAAAUAGCUUUUAUUCAAAUUGUAAUUUAUUUUUUCAGUGUCUGAGAAACUGAAAUUCUUUAUUUUAGUACAGAAGUUGUAAGUUCUCUAUUUUGUAUGUAUUGCCUGCUUGCAGUUGUUUUCCUGGUUUGUAAAAUGUAAUAAAAUAUCACUUGGAAUGUGAGCCCAAAAGAAGCUUGCCAUUGAUCAUGAAACAUUAUGAAGCUUGAGGCCUAGACAUGAAUGUCUGUCUGCUUUAAAAAAAGCAAGUGAAUUAAUGGCACCUCUUGUUUAUAUUCAAUGUUCUUCUGUUUAAGAAACUAAGACUUGGUUGUGAUGUUUAUGGAAAAUAAUGCACCUUUAGCCCCAUUGCUGUACAAAAAAAAUCACAUGUCAGUACCUCCUGUAAUUUCAAAAAAAUUAUUACUAACAGCCUAGUAUUGAUCAAAUGUCUACUC